UCCUGUUAGCGUGUAGGAAGAAUGAAAAUGACCUCGGAUGGUUUCUAGCGCAAACAACAUCGUAUAACAACCGAAUAGAACCUAAACCCGUUAUUUAGCGUUAAGGUUAUUGUUGUGAGAGAAACACCGUUAUGGCGGCUUUUGGUUUCGUGUUGUUUUGGCUGUUGUGGAGACAAUAACAGAGGCCACGUAACACUGAAGGAAAUGCCCACGGUUCAGCUGGACACUCAUCACAUGGGUACUGAUGUUGUCAUUGUAAAGAGCGGAAGACGCAUAUGUGGAACUGGUGGUUGCAUUGCGAACGCCCCUCUCCAUCAAAACAAGAGCUACUUUGAGUUCAAGAUUCAGUCCACAGGUGUCUGGGGAGUAGGAGUGGCAACACAGAAGGCAAAUUUGAACCAGAUCCCUAUGGGCAGAGACCCACACAGCCUCGUGCUCCGGCAAGACGGCACCAUGUACCACAACAACGAGGAGAAGAACCGGUUACCUGCAAACAGCUUACCGCAGGAAGGAGACAUUGUGGGUGUCACGUAUGACCACGUGGAGCUGAAUCUGUACCUAAAUGGGAAGAAUAUGAGCUGUCCAGCAUCGGGCAUUAGAGGAACCGUUUAUCCUGUAGUUUAUGUUGACGAUAGUGCGAUAUUGGAUUGCCAGUUCACUGACUUCUACCAUCCUCCACCGCAAGGCUACCAAAAGAUUUUGUUUGAGCAACAGAUCUUCUAAAGUUCCCGGCAUGCUAUACACAAAACAAAAUGUACUCCGCAGCCGGGAAUGGAAGUGCUGCGGUUAUGACUGAACUCUUGAUGAUUGUGUGUCUCGUCCCACUGGAGGGAGCUGAAACGACGCUAUCUGCCAUUUUGAUUUGUGUAAAACUGACGCACAUCUGCCCAUUUCUACUACUCUAACGUCAUCCAAAGUCGUACUCCAUUAUACCUUCGGCGCUUUAAUGAUCCGUGUACUGAUUUCAAAAGGUUUAUUCAAAAAAAUACAUCUUUCAGUUAGACUCCAUCAAACGCUGUACGCUUACUCAUGUGCGGUAUUAACAGUGUGCUGUUGCGAAUGUAUGGAUUUUUGUUGAAAGACAAAAACGGGUAAUAACUGAGUCACGUAUUAGAGCUGACUAUCAUGACUUUAUACUUUAUGCAUUUCAAGAAAACAGAGUGAUGCUGACCUGUAAUGCUGAUUUUGAUUCAAGAAUACUGUCAAAGAUCGUUUGGAUUUUUUUGUUGUCUGUGUGAUGUAUAACCUACAGACACAGACACACACACACACACACACACACACACACACACACACACGACUUGGAUUUAUACAAGCUUUACAAAAAUACAUAUGUCAAUUUCGUUGCGUUUGUAUUAUAUUUGGUUGUAUUUUCUGUUGUUGUUUAUUUUAUAUAUAUAUAUAUAUAUAUAUAUAUAUAUAUAUUACGUCUUAUUGAAGUUUAAUGUAACUAAUAUGCUAAAUGUGAGAGGUACAAUAGAGUAAGAAGUGUAAGGGUAAUUAACCUUAAAUAUUUAAUAUUUUACCCAAAAGGAAAAAAAAAACCCUGAUUAUCUGUGUUCUCUAAUUAUAAACUGUUGCAACCGAUCACAAAGCUGGUUUUAACUAAUUGAGUAUAUAUGAUGUUAUUUUUGUAUGUUCUACUCUGACAGGUCUUAUUUGUGUUUUGUGUAUUUAGUAAUAAAUAUUUUGCUUUUGUUCAUAAA